AUGGUGACGUAUGACCCGGCAGCCUCGUCCUCUUCCUCCGCAUCGUAUUCCGACACCGGUCUUCGCGGUCCCGUUCCACGCGAUGCGCGUCUCAUCGCGCUCAUCCUCUCCUCCAUGGGCGUAUCCGAUGUCGAACCGUCGGUCCUCCUGCAACUUCUCGAGUUCGCCCAUCGCUAUACCUACGAUGUGCUGUCCGAUGCUCUCGUCUACUCUGAUCAUGCGAACUCACGUCAAGCUGGUACCAACUUGUCGCUAGAAGACGUUCAAUUGGCGAUUCAAAGUAGGGUCAAUUACAGCUUUACCAAGCCUCCGGAGAAAGACAUGCUGUUGGCAUUGGCAAGCACAGUCAACUCGAUCCCCCUCCCCCCCAUUUCGGAUCGUCACGGUGUAAGACUUCCUCCACCACAACACUGUCUCACCAACGUCAACUUUGAAAUCGUCCCCAACCCCAUUCCUGAAGGUUUCGACGAUUUCGAAGCCGAACACCUACCACAAAACUCAACAUCAACAGCAAAAGUAGCAGCAGCAGCAGCGGGGGGAAACAGUGCCAGUCAAUCAACGAUCAACGACACCCAGGGAUCAAGUUUGUUCGAUACUAAUCCGAGAAGAGCUGCUGUUGAUGAGGAUGAUUAUGACGAUGACGAUGGGGAGGAUGUGGAAGAUGAGGCGGCGGAUGAUGUUAGUAUGACCACGAUUCAUCCUAGUCAGUCUCAAGGGGUUGGGGAAGCGAAGGAGGCGACGAGUCAGGGAGCAGAUGCGGAUGGUGCGGAUAAGGAUGAGUCAAGAGGUGUAAAGAGGAGUCUCGAUGAGGACGAGGAGUAUGAUUGA